GAUAAUUUCAAUUUGAGAACCAUUUUUGGGAAUUUAAAAAAAAUAAUUUUUCAGUAAAUCCUUUUAAUUCUAUAAAAAUAAAUUUAAUAAAUAAAUAAAUUUAAAUUGAUAUUUUUCAAAACGCAAUAAUAAAUUUUUUAAAAUUAUCUUAAUAACUGGAAAUUGAAAUUUAAAACGAAAUCAUUAUGAAUUUGAAUAUGAAAUAUUCAUUUUUUACUGUUAUUCUUCUUGCAUUAAGCCAUUUGUGCCAGGGCCAAAGUAAUGGUUAUAAUUACGAUCGUCCACAAGGUUUACCGGUUGGAGGAACUCCCACUCGACCUGGAUUUCCUGGUUCUGUAGGUAGCAGUUUUCCGGGUACAGCUACAACACCAGCUUUUGGGGGUUAUCCAUCAGGACCAUCUCCAGCUCCAGGAAGACCAGGAUUUGGUGGCCCUGGAUCAACAGGUACUCCCGGUUUUCCAAGUAGACCAGGAAUCAGCGCAGAUACACCAGUUGGUCCAGCAUUUACUGGACCAUCAACCGGUUUUCCAACAGGGUCAGGUAGUUCAUUACCAGGUGGUUCAAGACCAGGUACAGGUAUUCGUCCAACUCCAGCAUUUCCUGGUGUUAUUGGACGUCCGGGAACAGCUCCUGGAACAUCUUUUGGAGGUGGAACUGGAUUGGGUAACGAUGAUGGAUCGUAUCCUGAUGGUGAUUAUUCAGCUAUCCCUGGCACUCCUGGUAUUGAUUAUCCAAUUUUCUCUGAUAUUCCUCAAACUUCGUUCGAUUGUAACCAACAACAAUAUCCUGGUUAUUAUGCCGAUGUUGAAACACAAUGCCAAGUCUUUCAUAUUUGUGCUUUAAAUAAAACUUUUGAUUUCUUAUGCCCAAAUGGAACAAUUUUCUCUCAAGAAACACUUGUAUGUGUAUGGUGGAAUCAAUUCGAUUGCGGAUCAGCUCCAGCAUUAUAUCCUAAUAACGCCUUCAUUUAUGAUUAUACACAAACUGGACGGCCACCACAGCAAGGUGGACCACAAGGCGGAGGUUUCGUAGGUCAACCAGGUUCAACAGGAGGAGCUGGAGGAAUUGGUGGUGUCACGCAAAGACCAGGAGCCGGCACUGGUUUCCCUGGAUCACGGCCUGGAGUUAGACCACCAACUGGACCAGGAGCAGGAUACCCAGCUGCCCCAACUGGACCAGCUGGAUUCCCAGGAACAGGUAUUGGUACUACAGGUGGAUUUCCGGGUGCCGGUACUGGAGCACCAGCAGGAUUUCCAGGAGCAGGACCUGGCUCCGCAGGUGGUUUCCCGACAGGUCCAGGUACAUCCCCAACACCAGGAGGAUUUCCCGGAUCAACUGCUAGUGGAUUUCCAACUGGACCAUCAACAGCCGGUGGUGGUGGCGUUACACCAGCAACUGGAUUUGGAACAACUGUUAGACCAGGAGCCGGAGGAUUUCCAGCAAUUCAAGGAGACACAGGUUUCAUCGGUGGCGGUCCAGCAGUUACUCCACAAGCUCCUAACAGAGAAUAUUUGCCACCCAGAAGAACUUGAAAGCGUACAGGAAAUGAUUAGAAGUCUUAAAUUAGAUAAUGAAGAAAAUUAAUCUUUUUUCCUAUAUACAUAAAACAACGUACAUCCUUUUAACACAACUACACAUACAAACACAAAUGUAAAAUACAGAUUUUAAACCUCUUCACAGAUUUUAAACAUGUUUCCUUUAAAUUGUCGUUAAAUUUCAUUAUAGUUUUUAAGAUUAACGUUAACAUUCCAACUGUACAGUAGAAGAAUAACAAUUUAAUUUGUUUAUUUAUGAAAUAAGUGAGCUGACUGCAAGUCAGUUUAUACUUUUAAAAAUAUUUUCUGUCGCUUUUACAAUCACAGCUUCUAAUUAAAAUAUUAUUUUAAGUUUUUUUUUUUUUGUAAUAAUUUUCUUUGUAAUUUUAUAUUUUAUUUAAAAUAUUUAUAGAAUUAAAUAAAUAUUUUUAUGGCCAUGUAAAAAUUCGAUUAAUAUUUUUAAGAAUUAUUUAAUUACUUUUUAUAUAUUAUAUAAAUUAA